UUGAUGAAGAAAUGGCUGUUAAGUAUAUUUCUGAAGCAGCGUUGGCUCUUGACUAUCUUCACAGGCAUGGAAUAAUCCACAGGGAUUUGAAGCCAGACAAUAUGCUCAUUUCUAAUCAGGGACAUAUAAAGUUGACAGACUUUGGGCUUUCCAGAGUUACUCUGAACAGAGAGAUAAAUAUGAUAGAUAUCCUUACUACCCCAUCAAUGGCAAAGCCAAAACAGGACUACUCACGUACUCCAGGACAAUUGUUGUCUCUUAUCAGUUCUCUGGGCUUUUAUACUCCUCCUGUAGGAAUGAAAGUGCCAGGGCACAAAUCGAGUCCAACAUCCGACAGUCCUCAUGGAGCAGUUUCUCCUGUACCUAUGGCCCAGAAGGAAAAUACCCCUCUUUCAACUAAAUUGUUCAAAACACAUCUGGAUAAUUCUCAAUUAACACCUGUGAUGCCAGCGAGGAGUUUAACUCCUACUCUGCUUCAGUCAAGAAACAGGUUUGGUACCUCCAGUGUCAGUAGUCAGUCUCACACACACCUGUCCAGUGUGGAAUCAGAAAUCUGGAUCAGCCCCAGGUGCAGGAAAGGUGUAGAGCAAAGUGAAGAUGAACCUCAUUCUACAACAUCCAAAACCAGUAACAGUGGGUCAGCUCUCCUUUCAAAUGCUAUGUUGCCAUAUAGCAAAGAAGUUUUAAAGAGGAAAGAACUCGAGUCUGCCGUUUCUCCCAUUGCCAGCAAUGAGUCUGGCAGCAGGCAGAAGCUGGGAAGUGAACAUUUGGAUAUAACAGAUACUCCUGUGAGCACUCUGGAUGUGAAAGUAGUAAGAAAGUGUAUUUCUGAAGACAAGAUUUGGAAAGAAAAAGUCUUUGUAAAUAAAAGAGACAUGACUUGUGAAACAGUGGAGACUUCCAGACUACAACAAUCGCUUUGGAGGCAGAAUGAGCCUGUCAAAGAGGAAGUAAUGUUUGAAAAGCCAGGUGUAAAAAGAAGCUUUGAAUCAGUUGACACUAGUCCUUGUCAGGAGCUGAACUAUGUUAAAAAAAGCAAUGCAGAAUAUAAACGUGGCUGUCAGAUCUCAGAAUUUGCUGCAAACAAAGGGACAGGUUUGACAACAGAAAUUCAAUCCUUGAUGCUUUGUAGUGAUGGAUGCCUUUGUGACAGCUGUGAAAGCAAGGAAGAAGUUAAGAGUUUUAUUGGUAACCAGGAAACAGUAGAAAGAUCGCUUACUCCAACUGUAGCUAAAAAUCUUAUGUGUGAUCUGGAUGCAGACUGUGGAAGGGAUGAUGAAAAGGAGUACAUGAACUCCAGUUUUUUGGUCAUUGAUGAUGAAAAACCUUUAGAUGUCUUCAGUGCAGAUUCUGACUUACUUCCUGAAGGGUCUGUUACAGAAAGCCAUCUAGAAAAACAGCUUUUAGAUUUGGACAGAAGUGUUAAAGACCUCUCCUUUGAGGAACCAAAACCCGAAGGUGUGCUAAUAACAUCACCAGAGUCCCGAGAUGCCUUACAGGAUGGAGAGGAGGCACAUACAGUCCAGAACUGCAAGCUAGCACGUCAGAAAAAGGAUAAUGACCAGAAACACAUGGAAGAAACUUGCCUUGACACAGUAUCUUCUCCUUCAGCAAAGAUGAAGGAAGCACUGAGUCUCUUCAAAAAAAAUGCCGUUGCUUUUCGGAGCUAUAAUAGUCCAAUCAAUCUAUCCAAUAUAUCUGAGCCAUGCAGCAUGGCUUCCUUAGAUAUAAUGGAUCUUUCACCUGCCUGCAGUGGCUCUUACCCAACAGCUAUCACUCCAUUACAGAAAGGAAGACCAUAUCAGGUCUAUCAGACCCCUUACCAGGGGGACGCUGGCACACCGUACCGGACUCCAAAGAGCGUUCGAAGAGGAGCUGCCCCCGUGGAGGGUGAACGAAUCCUGGGGACCCCAGACUACCUGGCACCUGAGCUGCUUCUGACCCAGCCUCAUGGGACUCUGAUCUCUGGUUCUGCUGUAGACUGGUGGGCCCUUGGAGUUUGUCUGUUUGAGUUUCUAACUGGAAUUCCACCUUUUAACGAUGAAACACCAACACAGGUCUUCCAAAAUAUAUUGAAAAGAGACAUUCCCUGGCCUGAGGGUGAAGAAAAGCUGUCUGAUAAUGCCCAGAAUGCAAUAGAUCUCCUUCUAACAAUUGACACUACUAAGAGAGCUGGACUGAAGGAACUGAAGCAUCACCCCCUCUUUCACGGGGUGGACUGGGAUAAUCUCCAGAACCAGACGAUGCCAUUUAUACCUCAGCCCGAUGAUGAGACUGACACCUCUUACUUUGAUGCUAGAAACAAUGCUCAGCACCUGACUGUGUCUGGAUUUAGCUUAUAG